CUAGUAUAUGACAUACCUGAAUGAGACUGAACGGGUUUGCAUUAAGCACUUGAACCUUGCGACAGCAUCCCGAAGCCCCCCACCUGAUAUAAAUUCUGUCAGCAGACCCCGUGUGAGCACACCCGCUGUAGCACAACCAUGUGGAGUGGUCGGGCCUUGUAGGCGCCGGGCCGAGCGCGGCUGGUUCCCGCGCCUGAGCACACGGUGCUCGCGGCGACCAGGUUGCCCGGCAGUCUGCUUUGGGGCUUCCCUAAAGCCUCCUUGGAGGAGGGGCCAUCGGGGCGACCUGGAGUGGCGAGGAGAGCGAAACCUCGCGAUCCCUGCGUUCCGAGCCAGCCACAGCAGCAUCUUAUAACAUCACGAUAGCAUGAGCGCCGCCAUGGACGUGGACUCGAAGGCGGAGGCGGGCACGUCCGCCUCGCCGGCCUGUGCCGAUGGCUUCAAGCCGGUGCCUUGCGCGCCUGGCGUGGCCGGCCGGACGCACCCCACGCCGCGGACGCGCAUCUACUACAACCCAGAGCUCUCGCAGUUCAGCCUGGGCGAGGACCACCCGAUGGUGCCGAACCGGCUGCACCUCACGCACAGGCUGGCCGAGCUGUGGGGCCUCUUCGAGGACCCCAACGUCACCAUAGUCCGCGAGUACGCGCCGGCCACCACCGCGCAGCUCCGCCGAUUCCACACCGAUGAGUACAUUGCAUUUCUAGAGUACCUAGACACUCUGGACCUAACGAGCAUGACGCCGGAGGAGCAGCAGGAGAAGCUCGGCGAUGACCUCGCCAUGUUUGGCCUGUCGGUGUGUAGACCGCCCGGCUCGGGCGGCAGCGGCAGCGACGACGAGGAGGCAAAGGAUGCCGCCGAGGCUGCCGCGAAGGACGCGGCCGGGCCCGUGAAGGAGGAGGGCAAGGACGGCGCCACCACAGGGCCGGUGGAGCCGGGGGCUGCGGCUGCGGCCGCGGCUGCCAAGGCCGAGGCGGCCGCAGCGGUGCAGCGGCAGCGAGAGGCUGAGAAGGAGAAGGAACGCGAACGGCAGCGGGUUCGGCAGGAGAAAGCGCAGGCCGCAAAGCUGGCCAAGGCUGAGGAGCGGGCUAUGGAGGGCCGGGUGGUCAGCUGGGCGGAGGCGGCGGCGGUGCUGAGCUCGGGCGAGAUCCCGAAGUUUGCGCUUCCGGCCAACUUCCUAGACCUGGGCCGGACCAUCGCGCGCAAGGUUCUGGGUCUGGCGCCCGACGAGGCCCUGACGCCGGCUCAGGAGGAGGCGCUGGCGGACAAGCUGCGCCGGCACAUUGCCCAGGCGCUGCAGCGGAACCCAAACAUGCUCACCGGCGGGCCCUCCGCCACCGCCGCCGCGUCCAACAACGGAUCGGCCGCGACGGCUGGCAGCCAGGCACGCAGCCUGGGCGGCGCGUUCGCGGGGCGACAGAUGGUGCCGCCGGGGCAAGCCGGCAAGCCCGCCAAGACAACUACCGAAGGGGGAGGCGGAGGAAAAGGCGGCGGCGGCGGUGGAGGCGGCGGCGGCGGUGGGGGCGGCGGCGGCGGCGGCGGAGGCGGCAGUGCCAAGAAGCGAAAGCCCGAGGGCGGCGGCGGUGGCGGCGGCGGUGGCGGCGGCGGCAAGGGCAAGAGCAAGAGUAAGAAGAAGCGGCGAUCGUCGUACAGCGACGACGACGACGAGGAGGAAGAUGCGGAGAUCAGUGACGAGGAUGAUGAUGAGCCCAAGGCGGCGGCGGGCGGCGAGGGCGAGGAGCGGGAGGGCGCGCGGCGGCCGUCGCGCCAGGCGGCACGAACCGUGGCGGCGCUCACCAACGCCGUCAGGCGCACGGAGGCGGAGGAGAGCGAGGAGGAGGAGGACGACGAGGAGGAGGAGGAUGAGGGCAGUGACGAUGAGGGUGGAGACUGCCCCAUAUUCCCCGGCCUGCUUAAAUACGUCGGCCUGCAGGCCGCCGGCUCCAUCCUGGCUGCUCGCGACCUGGCGAGCGGCGCCUGUGACGUGGCCGUACACUGGGGCGGCGGCAUGCACCACGGCAUGCCGUACCGCGCCUUCGGCUUCUGCUAUGUGAACGACUUGGUCCUGGCGGUGCUGGAGCUGAUGCAGGGGUGCGGCCGAGUGCUGUACAUCGACAUCGACGUGCACCACGGUGACGGCGUGGAGACGGCCUUCAAGCGCAGUGAGAAGGUGCUGUCCAUCAGCUUGCACAAGUGGGACGACGGAAGGAUGCAGGCCUCCAUCGACACGCUGAAUCACGGCAAGCCCCAGCGCCCCGUUUUCUUCCCCGGCACCGGCAAGAAGAACGACCUCGGGGAGGGGCAGGGCAAGUACUACACGGUCAAUGUGCCGCUGCAGGAUGACAUCCAGGACGACUCCUACUACGCCGUGUACAGCUCGGUGGUGAAGGCGGCCUUUGAGAAGUUCAAGCCGCAGGCGGUGGUGCUGCAGUGCGGCUGCGACAGUGUGGCGGGUGACAAGCUGGGCCGCUUCAACCUGUCCAUACGGGGACACGCCAGGUGUGUGGAGCUGGUGCGGGACCUGUGCCGCAGCGGCGGCUGCGAGUCCGGCCCGGGCGCGGGGCGCGGCGGCGCCGACUGGCGCAUCCCGCUGCUGGUCACGGGCGGCGGCGGAUACACGCCGCCGCUGGUGGCGCGGUGCUGGGCGCUGGAGACGGCAGUGCUGUUGGGCCGGAGCCUGAGCGAGCAGAUGCCGGCGCCGGUGGCGGAGGCGGACGACCUCAAAGACCUGGGGCCGUCCUACUUCAAGGAGCGGGAGGGCUCGCUGCUGCGUGCGCCCGCCGCGCCCUACAGCAUGUGCCUGGACACGAUCUGGGAGCCCAACAAGGCCCACAAGCAAAUGGACUCAGACUACAGCCUCACGCGCCUGGCAGGUUACCUCACACAGAACCUCGGCCGCAUCGUGCUGCGGGACCCCGCCGCCGCAGCCGCAGCCAAGGAGGCGGCGGCCGCUGCCAAGGAGGCCGAGGAGGCCGCAAAGGAGGGCAAGGACAAGGACGGCAAGGAGGGCAAGGAGGAGGGCAAGGAGGCGGCGGCGCCCGCCAAGCCCAAGCGCAAGAAGAACACGGGGCCGGGUGUGCCGGACCCGCUGCGCCACCUGACGGCGCCCAGCGCCUAUCCGGAUGCCGAGGACUACAUCGAGGACCAGAAGGAGCGUGUGACGGAGAACGCGCCGUGGAUCAAGUUCAUCCCGCCGCCGGCGCCGCAGAAGGGCCGCAAGGGCGCAGCCGCCAAGGACGCCGCAGCUGCCAAGGACGGCGGCAAGGGCACCGCAGCAGGCAAGGGCGCCGCCGGCGCGGCAUCGCCGGCUCCGGGCAAGGGCGGCGCCGGCACGGAUGCGGCCGGCAAGCAGGGCGCGGCGGGGGCGGCGGCGUCUGCGAGCCUCUCGCCGGGUGGCGCCGUCUCGACCAUUCCCGGCCUACCCACCAUUCUGCCCUACCGGCCCAAGUCGACAGGGAGUGGCACGCAGCAGGCCUCGCAGGUCGCGUCGACGGCGGCGGCAGCACCUAGUGCGGCUGAGCCGGCGGCAACGGAGGCGAGUGCGGCGGCGGCACCGGCGGCGGCACCGGCGCCGGCGCCGGCGCCCGCGGCGGCGGAGGGCGACGCGGCGGCUGUGGAGGUCAAGGAGGAGGUCACGGCAAUGACGGAGUGAAUGCGACGCAGGUGCUUUUGGCUUACGAGGGAUGGACUACGGUAUAUGGGGCGGUUUGCGUUGUGGAAUGUGUGACUGGGUGUACGAGCGCGCGUGUUGAACGCGGGUGGUGUCUUGGACACGGGCAACCUACAGCUGUACGGGGAGUCGUAUGGCAGGUUCUGUAGGAACGAUGUGACAGGGUAAAGGGUAGAGGCAAGUGGCUUAGUCCCGAGGAACGACUUACUCCGGGCCCGGGCACCGAUGCCUGGCGGGGACCUGUGGGGAGUCGGCAGCUUCUAACGCGGCGAGCACCGACUGGCGCGGAUAAUGUGGCGGACGGAGUUGGCACCGAUACGCGACGCUGGGUGGCGUUUCUAUGUGACGAUAUGGCUGCACGGUACACGAGAGCAGUUCAAGUGCAUUUGUGCAGGGUUGUUCCGAGGACUGCUGGGAAGGAAGGCGGAGGAGCUGUCAGCAGGCUGGCUGGUAGCGGGUGGGCCGCUCCGGGAACUACGCGGCGUGAAGCACAGGACUGGUUCACGCGAUAUCUGGGGGGGCCAUGGAAACCGUGCAACAGAGCGCAUGUAGUACACAUAUGAGUGGUAUGAGAGCGGCUCGGAG